UAUAAUCAUAACUUUAUCUAACUACAAUGAAAUCUAACAAUGUUUAUCAUUUGAAUUUCACAGCUAAUUUCAGUGGUGCUUCCAGGUUCAUCGGCAUCACUAGUCCUUAUCUGACCUGGCCUGAUGCUCAGGCUUACUGCCGAACACAUCACACAGACUUGGCCAGCUCUCUUAACAGCUCAGAUAACAACUUCCUUUUGCAGCUGAGGGACAUCCAGGGUGAUUCCUGGUUUGGACUCUACAGAGAUACAUGGAAGUGGUCAGAUGGGACCAUCGCUUCAAAGCUACCAUGGAUUUCUGGAGAACCUGAUAAUUAUCUUGCCAUUGACAACUGUGCAUCACAUAUUAACAAAGUGUUUAAUGAUUAUUUAUGCAGCCAGCCAGCCUACUUCUACUGUCACACCAAUAAAGCAGAAACUGGAGGAACAUGGCAUGAUGGAGAACACCACAGUGACCUGGAGGGUGCAGCCAGAUGGAAACGUCUUCAAAAAGAAAAACAAAGAUGAUCUGUGACGUCUAAAUCAGGGAUGUCAAACUCAAAUACUAUUUUUGAGAUACGCUAAAAAUAACAAUAAUAACCUACAGGAUACAUAGAAUUUCUAUAUGAAAAAAGAGCUAAUAGAAACUUUUACCAUUUAAUCUCUGGUUAUGACGGAACAACACAAUGAGCUUCUGUUUUUAGACAUGAGUGUGAUUUACAUCAAGCAGAGCACAUUAUUACAUAAUCGUUUAUUGCUCUUUACAGUUUCCUUUAUACGAGUGUACAAAGUCAAACUGAAAAGCGAAGUCCAUUUACAUUUUAUUUACAUGUCAGUCCGAAAAGAAGUGAUGACCAGUAGCCUUUCCCUCUGUCAACUGACAUCACAUCCAAAUACACCCACGUCACCCAACACUGACUGACAACACAGAAUGUAUGUUCAUCAUCAAGCCAGUCACAGUAGAAACCAGAGUUUAUAUUAUAUAUUUGACU